CUGAUAUGUGGUGUUUCUAAUGUGUACUACAAUAGCAUUGAAGUCCUGUAGUUUUAUUGUAUGUUUUAAGCUAUAAGUUGUAUAUUAAGUUAAACACAACUGUAGAGCAAAUAAUAAUUUAAUCAAAUUGCUAAACAAAUAGUUAAAACAACAUUUUUACCGGGAAUUAGCGUUAGAAUCAAGUUUUUCGCUAUAAUUCUGGUUAUCGUUUGUGUUAUUCAUUGUGUGUAUAACCGACUCAUUCGCUCAUAAACUACAGUAAAAGUCAUCAAAAAAAUCUGAAAAACACAUUGAAAUGCAGGCCAUUAAGUGUGUAGUCGUCGGAGACGGAGCUGUGGGUAAAACAUGUCUAUUAAUAAGUUACACGACAAACGCAUUUCCCGGUGAAUACAUUCCCACCGUUUUUGACAACUAUUCCGCUAAUGUGAUGGUCGACGGAAAGCCCGUCAAUCUGGGCCUCUGGGAUACGGCCGGUCAAGAGGACUACGAUCGACUGCGGCCCCUAUCCUACCCGCAAACCGACGUCUUUCUCAUAUGCUAUUCGGUGGUCAACCCGUCGUCCUUUGAAAACGUACGGAUCAAAUGGUAUCCGGAAGUGCGACACCACUGUCCCGACAAACCCAUUAUAUUGGUGGGCACUAAACUGGAUCUCCGGGACGACCCCAAAACAUUGGACAAGCUUAAGGAGCGCAAAAUGGCACCCAUUACUUACCCCCAGGGCCUGGCCAUGGCUAAGGAUAUCGGCGCCGUUAAGUACUUGGAGUGCUCGGCGCUCACCCUAAAAGGCCUGAAGAAUGUGUUCGAUGAGGCCAUCCGUGCCUUCCUGUGCCCUCAGGUCAAGCCUAAGAAGAAGAAGGCGGGAUGUGUUGAAUCAAACAUAUCAUGGGGUGUGGGCAUAACAUCUCUAUUAAUAACUUAUACGACAAACAAAUUUCCCGAUGACUGGGUUCCCAACUGUUAUCUGGGUCUAUUGGACUCAACUCAUGGUCUGGAGGGCAAACUGUUAGCCUUAUACUACGGGCAAAACGAUGUCUUUCUCAUAUGCUAUUCGGUGGUCAACCCGUCGUCCUUUGAAAACGUACGGAUCAAAUGGUAUCCGGAAGUACGACACCACUGUCCCGACAAACCCAUUAUACUGGUGGGCAUUAAACUGGACCUCCGGGACAAUCCCGAAACACUAGACAACUCAAUUAACGUAAACAGACAUACAUUACUUACCCCCAGUGCCUGGCCAUUGCUAAGGAAAUCGGCGCCGUUAACUACUUGGAGUGCUCGGCCCUCACACGGGGAAGGCCUUAAUAAUGUGUUCAAUGAGGUCAUACGUGCCGACCCAUGUCCUCAGGUCAAGCCUAAUAAAAGGAUGCACUGCUUUGUACUAUAA